AUGCUGAACCGAAGCGCAGGAUUACUGAGCUCACUCCCUCCCGGAUGCAGAUUCCUUCCCACCGAUGAGGAGUUUCUGGAGCACUACCUGAAGCGCCAGAUUCUUGAACAGCCACCCGACAAAGACCACCCCAUCAUCCUACCAAAGGUCGAUGUAUACGAUCUCGAGCCUCAGGAAUUAUCCUCUCGGUUUGGUGACAUGUUCGGUGGCAAGGAGCUGUUUUUGUUUUGUUCCUUGAAGCGGAAGUACUUGAAAGGCAACCGGUCGAACCGGAGAACCAAAACCGGUUACUGGAAACAGACGGGCUACCCAUGUGCCAUCGUGAGCGAGCAGAGUAGUGCACUGAUGGGAGAAAAGAAGACACUAGUGUUCCAUGAAAGCAGUAUGCGUCAAGGCAAAAGGACCAGCUGGGUCAUGUACGAGUAUCACCUAAACCCGAAGUUUUUGGGCAAUGAUCAUGAUGAAAAUGAGAGAAUGCCUUAUGUGGCGUGUAGGAUAAAGAACAACAAGGACAACAAACUGAUUAUGGGUGUCGCUCCGACCUAUGUCAAUCAAGAAGGGAACCAUUCGAGCUACUGUAACAAUCAUAACAAUGAAGCUGCUGAUGACCAUGAAGCUGUUGACGCUCAACCUGAGCAGUCAGGUGAAGAGUUCUGGGAAUCACUCCCUGAGAUUGAGCCACUGGGUGACAUUUCAUCAUACUGCAACACCACAUCAACCCAUCAGCUCCAGGCAGGAGUAGAGGAAGGCUUGUCGUCCAUACUUGAUUUCUCAAAUGACAAGGAUGGCAACGAGCCCAACUUUGGGUACAUGCCAUCCCCACGCAGCAAUCCCGCAAUCUAUACUGAUAGCUGCUUGAUGUGUUCGAUGGACUUCCCUCCAAAAAUGUGCUUCCAUAGUCGAUCAUAA